UCAGUGGCGCAUGUAGGGCUGGCUUGAAAUGAUCUGGGCAGGCGGAUGAAAGUAGAGGCGCACUGUGGGGAGAGAGGAAAAAGUUCUCAACAAGGAGAGGCAGGACUACUCUUACGGAGCCCCUGCAGUCUCACUUUUUAUGCCUCUAAAACACUUUCCCAGCCAUCCUUUUGCAUUUUUACCCCGCACCGUCGCUUUUACGUUUCCCUGAGAGAAAUACAACCUUUUUUUUUUUUUUUUACUUAAGUGAAAGCACCAGCAGCACCAUGGAGCUGCUCUGCCUCGAAAUGGACACCAUCAUACGAGCUCGUCCCGAUCCAAACCUCCUGUGCGAUGACAGAAUCCUGCAGAACUUGUUGACCAUAGAGGAGAGGUUUCUACCCCAAUAUUCCUAUUUCAAAGGCGUCCAGAAAGAUAUCCAGCCGUUUAUGAGGAGGAUGGUCGCUACUUGGAUGUUAGAGGUUUGUGAGGAGCAGAAGUGCGAGGAAGAAGUUUUCCCCUUGGCCAUGAACUACUUAGACAGAUUUUUAGCCGUGGUACCCACCAAAAAGUGUAACCUGCAGCUGCUGGGAGCAGUGUGCAUGUUUCUUGCAUCCAAAUUGAAAGAGACUCGUCCAUUAACCGCAGAGAAGCUUUGCAUCUACACAGAUAACUCCAUCAGACCACAGGAGCUGCUGGAGUGGGAACUGGUGGUGUUGGGGAAGUUGAAGUGGAACUUGGCAGCAGUAACGCCGAACGACUUCAUCGAGCACAUUGUGAGGAGGCUGCCGCUGCCCGAGGAUAAGCUGGCACUUAUACGCAAACAUGUCCAGACCUUCAUCGCCCUAUGUGCCACAGAUUUCCGAUUCGCCAUGUACCCCCCCUCCAUGAUUGCAACAGGAAGUGUGGGGGCAGCGAUCUGCGGCCUGCAGCUGGAUUCAGCUGACCAGUCACAGUGGGGCGACAGUCUGACAGACCUGCUGGCUAAAAUCACAAACACAGAAGUG